AGAAGAACGCGUCGGACAGUCUUUCCACCUUGAACGCACGCGCCCCAGCACGUUUUAUCAAUCGCUGUUUCGAUUUCGCUCGUUGAAAGCAACAAGCUAUAACUACUCGUAAUUGUAAUGUCCUUGGAAGCCCACAUCGUCCUUGGACCCACUCUCCAACUAUGGGCUGCAAGCAGUGACAUCACGACUGCAGGAGCUUCUGCAUUAUGUGUCUAGAGCUACCUAAGGAGGUUUGACGGCAGCUCAAAUCCUCUCAACAUUACGUAUUCAUCCGUUAUUGCUACCCCGCCAUCCACCAUGUCGAGCACUCUCAGCAUCAACUCAACUUUGAGCUUGCCGAAAUCGCAGUACAAGAUUCCACAAAUUGGUUUUGGGGUCUACCAAUCCCCCAAGGACGUCUGUGUUGCUUCCUGCAAAAAGGCAUUUGAAGCAGGGUACCGCCAUAUAGAUACAGCCCAGUAUUACGCAAACGAGGAGCAAGUCGGCCAAGCACUGGCUGAAAGCGGGCUUCUUCGAAAGGAUGUAUACAUCACUUCCAAGAUCCUGAGCCCUGGCGAGGAUGUCGAGUCUACAUACAAGAAGAUCGCAGACAGUGUUGAGAAGCUUGCCGGAAAAGAUGGUUAUGCAGACCUGUUUCUCAUUCACAGCCCCAACGGAGGAAAAGAGGCUAGGAAGUUGAUGUGGCUCGCUCUGAAGCAGGCGCAGGAGAAGGGCAUAGUGCGAGACAUUGGCGUCAGCAACUACGGCAUCCAACACAUCGAUGAGAUUGCUUCCAUUGAUAGCAAGGCCAGCCUACCCGCUGUCAACCAGAUUGAGCUCCACCCCUGGUGCCAACAGCGCGAGGUUGUCGACUACUGCAAAUCCAAGAGCAUCGUUGUCGAGGCCUACUGCCCGAUCGUCCGUAACGAGAAAGCAAACGACGAAACCGUGGCUAGCAUUGCCAAGAAGCACAACAAGGAACCAAACCAGGUUCUUAUCCGAUGGAGUCUACAAAAGGGCUUCGUCCCUCUUCCCAAGAGUGACACCCCAUCUCGCAUUGUUGGGAACGUAGAUCUUUACGGUUUUGAACUCGACAAGGAGGACAUGGCUAAGUUGGACGGUCUGGAUCAAGGAGCCAAGGGCGCUAUUGUUCAGGCCGUAACCAAUGCUUGAGGUGCCGUCAAGAAAUUUUGGACAGGAGUGUAGGUGAACAACUAGUCAAGAGACGUAGCGAGUGCAUCUACAAACAAAAUCGAAGCGCUGUGUACCAUGGUGGAAGAUGUCUACACUGAGCGCGUACCUAUCGAAUUUACACCUAAUCCGAAUUUGAGUGCACUACUUAUGAAAUGAGUUACCGUUUUGCUCAUGGCCGGUGAUCAUUUUUGGUUACUCUGUCACGUAGCUAGCUCAUCCGUUUGUGUACAGCUCUAGAACACGCACCGACAGGCGUGCAUUGACUGGAUAUUCCCAGACGUGAAUGACUCUGGCGAAGUUUGACAACACUAUCGACGACAACUGUCGGUACAUUUCAUUUUACAAUAAUUAUAAGCACUACUAGCACCAGUCGAAGCAAGGGAUCUAUUUCCAACGUAAACCCAAGUACAUUCGGAG